UGUCCGCGGCUCUCUGUGUGUGUGGAUGCAGCUGAGCGGAGCGUUCACCACGCACGAGCUUCAGAGCAGCGGAACCACCAUUAUAAUAACAACACAAAAAUAAUGUCCAACCCAACGAUACGAGACACGCACAGCCUCAUCUGACAACCCCCGACCACACCGAGUCUCAGCCACAGCCUCCUGUUCACCGUCUGCCCCCCUCUCCAGAGGCCUGUGUGAGACCAUGAUGCUCAGCAGCUCAGUGGAGGUGCCCAGCCCUGGGGGCAUGAGUGUGGCAGCCUCCCGGAACGUGGUGCGCAGCUCCAGCAUCAGCGGCGCCAUGUACAGCCUGGAGAAAAGCCCCAGCAGCACAGGGCCCGACGCCACCAGCAUCGCGGGAAACAAGAAGCGCCGCUCCAGCUUGGGGGCCAAGAUGGUGGCUAUUGUGGGGCUGUCCCAGUGGAGCAAGAGCACACUGCAGCUCAACCAGCAAGAUGGUGCAACAAAGAAGCUCCGCAGCACCAUCAGGAGGAGCACAGAGACGGGCAUCGCCAUGGAGAUGAGAAACCGUGUCACACGGCAGGGCAGCAAGGAGUCGACAGACGGCAGCACCAACAGUAACAGCUCGGAUGGAACGUUUAUCUUCCCCACCACUCGUCUGGGACCAGAGACUCAGUUUAGUGACUUCCUGGAUGGACUCGGCCCUGCACAGAUAGUGGGACGGCAGACAUUAGCCACACAUCCACUGGGAGAUGUCCACAUUGGAGUCGUGGACAGAGGUGGUCAGAUCGAAGUGGAGAUCACUCAGGCCAGGGGUUUAACCCCUAAACCUGGCUCAAAGAACAUUCCAGCAACGUAUGUGAAGGUGUAUGUUCUGGAGAAUGGCGCAUGUCUGUCCAAAAAGAAGACCAAAGUGGUGAAGAAAAACCUGGAUCCGACCUACCAGCAAAACCUGCUAUUUGACGAGAGUCCCCAGGGCAAAGUGCUGCAGGUGAUCGUGUGGGGUGAUUAUGGCCGCAUGGACACCAAAUGCUUCAUGGGAAUGGCCCAGAUCCUGCUGGACGAGCUGGAGCUGACGUCCAUGGUCAGCGGCUGGUACAAGCUCUUCCCCACAUCCUCUCUGGCUGACCCCAGCAUCGGCCCGCUGACCAGACGCCUCUCACAGUCUUCUCUAGAGAGCGCCACCAGCCCGUCCUGCACCUAGAGAUGACCACAGGCCUGACCAGGCCAGGCCAGGCCGUCCCACAAGUCUUCUUUCUGUCUUUCUAUGUCUCGUUCUCUUUCUCUACUCUCAUAAAUACACUUCCCCACACACUCAACCCCUGAAAGCACACACACCUUCUGAUAUACACUACUGUUCAAAAGUUUAAUCAAUAAUCUUACUGAAUUUUUUUAUUAUUUUAUGUAAGGUAAUAACAUAAUGUUACAAGUAAUUGCAGAUGUAGAUUUAAUGGGAAAUCUAUGUUUGCAGGAUACACUAAAACACAAGAUAUAGAGGAUUUUGUUGUAUGAACAAUACAACUAUUAGAUAAAGCUUCUUACCCAAAAAAUGGAAUUGGAAAUAAAUGUUCAAUAAUAAAAUAAUAAUAAUAGUAUAUAAUAAAUAAUAAUAUGCUGUAAAUAUCUAUUUGCAGCUAUUUCUUUUUUUCAGCCAUUUUUAAAAAAUAAUCUACAGCUUCUUCCUGAUUUCUUUUCUGUUAAUUAUUUAAAAGCUAUGAAGUAGCACUAGAGCCCCAUAUUGUAUAAAGUUCUAUGCAACUAUAUUAAUUUUAAAAAGUUCAUAUCAUUCAAAAUUGAGUUUACAUUUUUCAUAAUCUGAAAGGUUUUUAUAUAGAAAGUAAACCUGAGUAAACUUGGUUCUGACUCCCCUAUCCAUGCAGUUUAUAUAUGGAGACUAAGCUUAAAAAAUAUAUAUGACUGCUUUCAAUAUAUCAUAGUGUCCAAACAACAUUAAUGUAUAUUUAGUAUCUGUCUAUUUAGUCUACACCCAUUCAAGUUAUACGUUAUAUAGUUAUAAGUAGUUCUACAAGAAAGAUAUGAGAAAUGGGAGAUGUAAAAAAAAAAAAUUUGGUUCAUAAACCCACAAAAGAACCUAUAUAACAGUAUUGACUAUUUUAAUAGGAUUAAAAACAUUGAUUUCAAACUUUUGAGCAGAAGUGUAUAUUGGUUUAAUUUUUACACGGCUGGAAAACAGCUACUACUUUAUACUUUAAAAAGAAACACUAUGCCACACCAACACACACACACAAGCUAUGUUAACCAGCAAAAACACACAAAAGGCCCACAGUAAGAUAAGCUGUGACUUGCAGUCUGACUUGCAGUCGGCGUUCAGCGCACACACUGAUAACACACGGGCAUUGGAGACUAAUCCUGAGAAACAUGUUCCACACAGAAGAUGUAGCAUCCAUGUUUACUCUCUCCGUGAAGAGCAGAAAGGAACUUUAGUCUCUCUUAAAACCCACCCAGGCUCAUUCCAAAUACCAGUUUCUCUUUCCUUUUUUCUUAAACUCUCUAUGCCAAACCUGAGAAAAGUUUAUUUUUAAAACCAAAGCAGUUCUUAUUAUCUGUAGUGUCUGUAGAUCAUGAAUAUGUAGCAGAGUCAGUGACUUAGGUGAGAUGCAAAAAAUUUGAAACUCUCAUUAAAUCAAUUUCAGUCUGUGUUGAAACUCACAGUCACAGUCCAGAGUUAUUUUCAGGCUUGAUGAAGUUGAACCAACUAAGCUGCUCUAAACAAAACCUAUUGGUGUCUAUUUCCCAGAUAUAGUGUGGGGGGUGAUUAUUGUAUUUUUCAGUUUGUUCUUACACAGUAAAUUUGCCACUAAUUUAACUGUAUUGAUGGUAACAUUUUCACUCUCACAGUGUUAAUUUUACACUGUAAUCAGAGAAAAGUUCCCACAUUUUGCCAUUUUAGAUAAUUAUAUCUAGUGAAUCUAGGGUCUACUAGCAAAUACAUUUUUUUGUUUUAAGCUUUAUUUAUUAAAAUAAGUAAAAUUAACUGAAUGAAUGGAUUUGUAGGGAUUUAAAAGCUUAUUUCUAGAAAACAUUUGACUUAUUUUAAUUUAAUUAAAUUAGUAAAUAUUAGAAUUUUGCCAUUUUUAAUUUAUUUUACAUUUUUUAAAAACAUUAUAGGUGAGACCAUUUAAAAAUAAGCUAAUAUAUUUAAAAAUACUAGAAUAAAACAUCUAUAAUGAGAAAGAAUCCUUACUACAAACCUAUUGUGACACAAUCUCAAAAUUACAAAUAUGUAAUUUUCACAUAUUAUUCUCUACAAUUGAUCCACAUUGGAACUAAUCAAAAUGCAGUCAUUUUGAUUACUUGCAGUGGAAUAAAUACAUUUCCACCACAUAUUUUAAAAACACAGCAGCGGUUUUCUUCAUCUUUAUCAAGGGUGCCAAUGAUUCUGGUGACUGUAAAUACACACACACACAUGUACACACACACAUACACAUUCUUCUAAAAGGUAGGGCUCAAUCUCAGUCAUCAGGUUUAUUUAAAUGCACAUAACUUCUGUUAAAUACGGUAGCAUAAAAUUAUACGUUAAACAGAGCAAAUUAAUAUAUAUAUAUAUAUAUAAAUAUUUAAAUAUACCUAGUUAGAUUAUAUUUGUGUUUCUGUAUUUAUUGACUGCAUUCUGCACGUUUACUCACAGCCCUUGUUUAACACACAAAAAAAGAGGAAAAAAAAUCAAGUAAAGUGCUGUUUUAAGCUUGCCUUUAAAAUACACACAUAUAUAAAGAUAUAUAGAUGUUACUUUAUUUAUUUUGCUAAUGUUGUAAACUUGGAGUUUCUUUUUGACAAACGCUGAUCUGCACUGUAGAGUAAAAACAAAAGGAGGGUGUUUAAUCCUCCUGUUGGGAAGGAGAACCAGUCGUUCGGUGGAAACAACUAAACCAGCAGCUCGUUAUGAGAUGCGCGAUGGGUGGAAUGGAGUAAAGGACUGGACAGUGGACUGAUCUGAUCACUGCUGGUUAGUAAUGUGACAGUGGCUGUGGAACAGAACGGAUACGGUUGAGUCGGCAACUCUCCUUGUGUGGAUGACAGUCAGAGGCUUUUCUUUCUCUACCAGCAUUUGGAUCUAAACUUCUCACAGGCCAUUAUCUGCCCUGUUUCCUGGCAUACUCAGGAGCUCAUGAAGACAACAACAACAGCCACUGCAGCAGAAACCUACAGAGACUGCACUCAAACAAGUGCUGCAUUGAAAUGGCUUGAUUUGUAACUUUACAUCAUUUCCACAUGAAUAAAAUACACCAUAUUAUGCGUGUAAGUAAGUAAAUCAAUAAACCUAAAGGGAAUUACCACCACAUUUUCAAAAUUUACGUAGAACUGAAUCAGUAUGAACUGGUUGUUAAGAGUGGGUUUGGUUUGAAAUGGUUAAUUGAAUAGUAGAUAAACAUACAGUCUUAUAUUCACACUUUGCAGUAGUAGUGAUGAGAACCAGGGUCACCAUCUACAUCACUUCUAAUUCAUAUACUCCUACAUUCACCUACAAGUUCAAUAUUUAAUGUAAAAAAAAAGGUAAAAUAAUGUCAAAUUGUACAGCACAACACCCUGUAUUUUAACCUUCCACCAGAAAUUGAUUAGAAAAUACAUUUUUGUAUUAAAACGCAUAAGCAUAGUUUUAAACAUUUAUUAGGGACAUUUUCCAGACAGGGACUAAACCUAAUCUUGGACUACACAACAUAUUGAAUAGAGCUUUUCUAUUGAAAGUAAAAAUAGUCUAUGACUAAAGCUUAAUGUAAUACCUUUCUGUAAUAAGCGACUUUCUGUUUCUACCAAUCCACUCUAAUGACUGUUUAUUCUUAAUUAUAUACCUAUUUUAAAGUUCUUAAAAAAAUAACAAAAAAACAAACAAUUUUGCUUUAAAGGCAAAAUUGUGUUGGUGUAAUAUGUAUUUUGUAUUUAUGUGGAAAUAAUGUGCAAGCUUAUCAUCUUUUUCUGAGUAAAAUGAGUUUGAAUGUAGAGCACCUUCAGCUGGACCAGAAUGACGGACCUCCUCAGCGCACAAAAUGUGUUUUUGUUGCUUGAGCUAGUUAAACAUUGGGAUUUAUCUACGGUUCUGAAGUGAAACGGAUCUAAAUGUCUUCUUGAGCCAGCUUUUGGCUCCGCAGAGACUUCACUGAAGACGUUUCUUCUCUUUUUGGUGUUUCCUCUUUGUUUUUUGCUUUUUGUUCUUAAGACUGGAUAGAAGUCAGAUGUUGGAAGUUGGAUGGUGAAUGACGGUUCAAGUUUGCCUGAUUUCCAGGCAGGAUUUCCAGGAGCAGUCAGAUUGUACAAGUGUUAAUGAUGAAACGUACUGUAUGGAGAACUUUUGGUUUUUGAGACCUGCUAUCAUAAUGGAAUGAAAGUCAUCUCACAUAGCAUCAUUCCAUUGCUUUUUACUGUUUCUCCUGUUUCUAAAUAUGGAGUUUUUUUCUCAUAUACCUAGAGGGACUUUCGUACCUCUCUGGUCCCAGUGAUCCAGAUUUGGGCCUGCUUUUUUGUUUUUCUGCUUUUUCUGUUAUUGCUCAUGUUAUUAUUGCAGCUGUAGCAAGUCGAGCAAAGAUAAAUGUUUGAGCUGGUUUGACCAUGCUGAUCAUUUGCCAAAGCGCUUAUCAAACAUGCAGCAUUUCGUUCUGUAAAUCUGUGACUCUUAAUGCAUGUCCCUGCUCUCUGAUAUACUCGUUUUAGAUACAUAAUGUAUGUGAGUGUGUGGGGGCGUGUCUAAUUGAACCAGUGCACCCACUCUGAUCUUAAUAACGUAAUAACUGUUUGUAAAUUGCAUUUCUGGAAAUGUUCCUGACUCCCUCUCAGGAGAGAAGGCUGGUGUUAACUAUUUUUAACAUUUCUUUUAAUGUAAGCAUGUCAAAAAGCCAUAUCCACAGUUUAAUGCCCAUCCAUAAUGAUCUGUAAACACAGACGCUCUAUUCAUUCCUGUUUCACAUUCAUCACAUUCAUUUCCUGUUUAAAUCCUUACACAUGGCUGCUCUCCCAGUCAUUAGUGAAGGCUUGUUCACCCCAGCUUAUUCACAUCUUAACACUGAACUCAUGGUUCAUGAUUUAGGAUUAUUUUUCAUUCCUCAUAUCUUGCCAAAGAGUGGACUUUGGGACAGAACUGUACAAAUACUAUGUUCCCACUGAUGUUUUUGCUAAGAUUUUCUUUUGGGUUCAAUCCACACAAACUGCCCCAAUCUAUAUCAUAUCAAAUCAUAUACUGGAUUUGCAGGAGAUAAAGCAUUGAUUUAACAGUUGUUUAAUUUAUGCAAUCAUGCAAAUUAUUGCUGAAUUAUCCAAAUGAAUGCUUCAAACUAUAUGGAAGUAAUUAAAAAAAAUGAUCAUGUUUUAAUAUCUAAAAUAUAUUGUUUAGCUUAAAUUGUUUAGCUUCAUUUUAUGUUAAUUAGAAUAUUGCAAUAUCUUUUUAUUUACUACCUAUUUUACCUUAAGUCCUGAAGGGCUUCUUUGUCUCUUCAUAUUCUGUAAGACACAAUGGGCCCUAUCUUACACCCUAAGCAAGGCGCAUUGUGAUGCAAAUUGCUAUCUUACACCCUGCCAACAGUCUAUUUUCAUAUCUUGCACCUGCAUUGUUUAAGUAGGUACAUUGAUUGUGAAUAUAUCUGAACUGAUGAGCGUGGUGGUCUAAAAGUGAGGUGUGUUCAGGUACAAGCUGCAUGUGUGUGUGCACAUUUAUACACACAUUUAUGAACAGCGAAGUAUAUUAGACGGCAUUUGAAAUCUGGUGGGGCAAAUUAAAUAAAAUGUUUGGAGCAUGUUUGGAAUGUCUGCACUUUCCAAAUCUUGUGUGGUUGCAUAAUUUCAACUGAAAAUGAUUUUUUAUAUAUAUAUUCUUUGAUAAAAUCUGUGUAAUGAUAUUUCAGGCCCUGGGAAAGUUUGUGUGGAAGGACUGUAGUAUUUUGUUGAUCUCUCUGUUCUCUGAUCUUUUGUUAUGGACAGGUCGAUGUUUAAAUUGAGGAUGAAUGCUGUACAUAUCUGUGUUAAACUCAGACCACUUGGGUAACAGUACCACAGAAAUGAAUGCACUGUACUUUGCACAUUUCAUUUGCACAUGUUUCUUGCUUUGUGAUUAUCUGACAAAGAAAAAACAACAAUGUAAAACUAUAGAAUUUAACAGAGGUUAGCGACACCUGAACUAAAACAAGACACAGUUCCUUAGAUUUAUUGGACAGUUUUGGCAGUUUGCCCUGGUGUUUCUCAGCAUUUGGGAUGAAAAGUUUUCUCAAGUGGACAGAUGGACGGUAUAGACCUUUUCAUGAGGAGCUGGCUGCCAUUAUCUGCUUUCUUCUCUAUAAAAAUCCUGGAUGUUUUUAUCGUUCCUCUUGUAAAAGUCAGAUAAGAAUCAAAAUGGCCGGAGUCUUGAACUUGACAAUAUUUUGGAUGGAAUAUAACUCUACAGUCAUGUUUUCUGUGUUAGUAUUUUAUUUUCUGUGUUAAAAGACUCAGAAAAAGAAAAGAAAACUUUCUCAGUUUUGUAUUCGCUCACGUUUUGAUCAAGUAGCGCCUUUCUGACCAAUGAGCAACACAAGUCUGUGGACGGUGAGAAAAAACAAAAAUCUUAAUUCAGACUAAAGAUUUCUGGAGACUGUUUGACUGUAUUUAAGACAAACGUACACAAAUGUAUACACAGCUGAAUGUCCUGUCCUUUGUAAACUCUAUGAAAUGACUAUUAGAUCUUGAUAUUUUUCCAUGUGAUUUUUAUGUAAACUUAUGAGGUUGUACAAUUUUGUUCCUUGUGUGUAAAGGAAGUAGCUACACAAUCUUACUGGUCUUGCAGGUUUGCAGAAUGAAGAGUGCUGAAAAAUGAAUGCAUGAACAUUUGUAUCCUAUUCAGUUCAUUUCUUUUUCCAGUCAUGGUGAGUGGAUUAGUGGGUGGGGCUAUAUAUCUAAAUUAAGGGCAAAGGUCAUACAGAUUUUCGCUCCAUCUCUUCCUGCCUCAGUGAUUCCUGCCAUUUUAAUAUAUUUAAGUUUUUUUGUCGGCUGAGAUUUCCUAUUUCCUAACUCCAAACACAAAUCUGUACCAACAUUUAUAAGGCAACAUAUGAGGCACGAUUUUGCUUUUAAAAUCAAUGUUAAACAUUAUACCACUGGAAGUUUCCAGCUGUUUUGUGUUAUGUUUAGUAUGUUUCGUGUAUGUUUUGAGGUAAAAUGCAUUUUGGACUUUUCAUUUGUUAUUAAUUUUAUGAAGGCAAAAAAGCUAUGUUAUUAGCCAAUUUAUAACUACAGACUUUAUAUUUGCUGCCAAACAUUUAAAGACACUUAUCUCUUCAAACUAUUUUAUUUGUCAUUUGUCAUUACUAAGAUAAUAAAGUUGUGGUCAUCACUUAAAUAGGAUGUGAGAAUAGGCAGAUUUUAAAAAUGUUUUUAAAUUAGAAAUUAGAUGUUUUGGAUUAUAAGAAGCACCAGAUUAUAAGGCGCACUAUCAGUAAACAUCUACUUUCUGGUCUGUUUUCAUACAUCUGGCUAACUGGAUUAUAAAGUGCAUUGAGCGGCAAUAGUAUUGUUUUGCUAUGUUUCCCUUCUAAUUCAGCAGGUCUUACUGCUGGGGGCACCUAAGUAAAAAAAAACAUUUUAAAGUCAAACAAGCUCUGUACAUAAAUCUACACAUAUUUUCUUCUGUUUAUUUACAGUAAGCUAAGAAUUGUAGUAUUUUGUCCAAGGACAAGCGCUAGCCAUGGUUAGCAAGUGAUUAGCCAGCCCCAGUUAGCAAUGCUAACCAGCCAUGGUUAAUGCUAGUAAAUGCUGCUUGAUGGAGGUAGACUGGCACUGAUCAGAUAGCGGUUCGACCCAUGUAGCUUGUUUUACACGGAAAACACGCAGGCUACAGACUGAUAUACUCACUUCUGAACAGUAAAAGAGCUAGCACUGCAGUUAGCAACUAAUGCUGCUUAGAGCUGAAAAAAAAGCUUCUCUGAAACUCCUUCAUUACGCUACGCUUCAGCGGAGUGGCUUUACUGCUCCUUACAACCUGACCACUAUAGUACAUAAGACGCACUGUUUAUUUUUGAGAAAAUUAUAGUGUAUUUUAGACUUCAUUCAUUUGUUAUUAAUGUUAUUGAGCCAAACAGCAGCUAAUUAGCCAAUUUUUAACUACAGAUUUUAUUAAGCGCUAAAAGGUACUUUAUAUGUGUUGCCAAAAAUUUAAAGACAAUUAAUUUAUCAAACUUUUUUAUUUGUCCGUUUAUAAUAAUUAACUUAGUAAACACAGCUUAAUAAUGAAAACUGUGUCAUGACAAAAUAUAGUUAAGUUGUGGCCAUGACUUAAUAAGAUGUAAGAGCAACAUCAUUCAUUAUAUUGUGCCCAAGGAUGAGACAAUUAUUUUGUUGUCAUUACUCAGUAAUUAAAUGAGAGCAUUAAUUUGUUACCAUUGUUAAGAGGUGGGAAUGAGGUAAUUAUCUUGUUGACAUUUAUUAGUAGGAUGUGGGAAUAAGAUCAUUAGUUUGUGGCCCUUACUCAGUUAAUGGAAAUAAGAACUUAGUGAGAUGUGAAAAUGAGAUAAUUUAUUUGUUAUGAUUGCUCAGUAAGGAAUUAAUUAAAUAAUUUGAAAGACUUAAUUAUCAUAUUCUAAUGUCUUACUAAGAUGCUGCUGUCCCCAAGUUAAUUAUCUCAUUCCUGCACCUUGCUAAGUCAUAGCUGUAAAAAGAGUCUAGUUACAGUGAUUUAAUAAGUUGUGGCCACCAAGUUUCUUUAGGUGCUUAAACCUCCUUUGUGCCAAAAUGUUGGAACCAGGGGAUCAGCACACAGCUGCUUUAUUCUAGCUACACUUCCACAGGGAUUUUUUAAAAGUAGGCAAGCUUUCAGCAAACCUUUUGACAGGCAGGGAAGUACCUUAAGCAAGGAACCUGGAAGGGUUAGGCUAUAUGACGAUUGGCAGAUGUGUGUGUAUGUGGUUUGAGUGGCGUGUGUUGCUAGGUGACACCAGCAUGACUGCCAACAGCUGGAGGAUGAUCCUAGAGCACAUGGGAAGCUGGCAGGCGGGCAGGGCUGGAGCGAGAUCUGGGCCGGUUCGAAGAGCACACUUUAGGGAUUAGGGCGAGUUUUAUGGGAAUGAGGGCUAAUAGGAGUGAAUCUGCUUGUGAUAUUGAGCUGCAUCUGACUGGCAUGUGGUCUGUUUACCACUUUAACAGUUAGGUUUGGGUGACGGAUGGGGCAUUUUAUUUUCUUGUGUCUGAUGGAUGGAAAUGUAAAGUGUUUGCAAAUGUUGCUUUUUGUGUAUUUCGAAUUUUGAAAAAUGUUAUCUUCAUUUUCACUCGUUUUGUCAUGUAGAAAAAACACUGAUCUGACUUUUUUUUUGUUAAAAAAGUGAAGGUCACUGUAUGAGCUAUAUUGAGAUUUUAUUUUAUUUUUUUAAACAAAGCAAAGAGUUAAUAGGAAGUGUUCUAUUGGCGGCUGGCUAAUGGUAAUUGCUUGGCUGAAUUCUGCCUUUGAAUUCUUUUCACGAGGGCUUGUGAUGUCAGUUGCCUUACUUUAUUUCAGAGAUGUGUUACAGGCAUGUAAUGGCUUGUGCAUAACUUUUUAAAGGCAUAUGUAUUCUGCUGUAAUGUACUAGACCUGUCUGUCUGUCUAACAAAGAUUUAUGAAUGUAUUUCCUAAUAUAUUUCUUAUAAGUUAAGUCUUAUAAGUUUAUUAGCUUGAGCCGAGGUUAUUUUGGAGCCGUUGUGGGGGGUUCCUCUUGGGAAGGUUUUUUUAGGCCCAUGCUACACUGUUUUUUAACAGGUUUUGUGAAUGAAGACUGAACUGCAGCUCUGUUUUGAUGUUACAGAUGUGUAUGCUUAAACUGUUAUGCAGGAAUGAGUAACUUUAACUGUCUGCGGUACAGCUUUGAACUCCAAAAAUGGCACAGUAAUGCAGCUGUUUACAUUUACCACUGAUUAAACCUUUACUAAAGUGUGUAUAUUUGGGGUAAUAUCAGCAUAGGUAGGAGUAUAAACACUACUACUGUUGUAGCAUGAGUUUGCCUUCCAUUUUUUUUAAAGUCUUGCACAUUUUUUGGAAAGCACCUAAAGGGGAACUACACUGAUUUUGUCUUACCAAAUUUUAUGGAAAAAAUGAAAAUUUCUGCAUAACUCAGUGGUUGAGAUGUAAACACAGUGGUUUAGAGUGGGGGGUUGGUGUUUAUUGAAAUUAAAUUAACCUUUGGAUUUUACUUGACUGAGAUAAAUUAAAGAUUAGAAUUUUAUCUCACUAAUGUCAAACUGGAGCUUUGAAUUUUACUUCACUGAAGUAAACUAGAGCUUUGAGUUUUACCUCACUGAGGUAAACUAGAGCUUUGAAUUUUACUUCACUGAAGUAAACUAGAGCUUUGAGUUUUACCUCACUGAGGUAAACUAGAGCUUUGAAUUUUACUUCACUGAAGUAAACUAGAGCUUUGAGUUUAACUUUACUGAAGUAAACUAGAGCUUUGAAUUUUACCUCACUGAGGUAAACUAGAGCUUUGAAUUUUACUUCACUGAAGUAAACUAGAGCUUUGAGUUUUACCUCACUGAGGUAAACUAGAGCUUUGAAUUUUACUUCACUGAAGUAAACUAGAGCUUUGAGUUUAACUUUACUGAAGUAAACUAGAGCUUUGAAUUUUACCUCACUGAGGUAAACUAGAGCUUUGAGUUUUACCUCACUGAGGUAAAAUAGAACUUUAAGUUUUACCUCACUGAAGUAAACUAGAGCUUUGAAUUUUACCUCACUGAGGUAAACUAGAGCUUUAAAUUUAACUUCACUGAAGUAAACUAGAGCUUUGAGUUUGACCUCGCUGAGGUAAAAUAGGGCUUUAAGUUUUACCUCACUAAGAACUGUCAACAGUUCUUAAUUUAUAAUGAAGCAUUUCACAUUAAACCACUCUGAUUUACCUUCUUAACAUCUUUAUCAUAAAUCUUUUUUUUUUUAAAUUAUGUGUAGUUUCUUUUUAAAUACAAUGUGCAAACAUCAGGCCUGCACUGAAAAAGUGAUACAUUACAAUUAUUUGACUUAAAAUGUAUUAUAUGCUCAAAUUUGUCUUAAUAGUUUAUUGCAUUCUGCAAUGAUUGUGUUGAUGUAAUAUAUUUACCACAAACAAAAAUCUAGGCAAGUGCAAGCCUCUUGAAUCUACAUAAUCUAUCUAGUAUGUCUCAUUAUGAGAUUGCUAAGCAUUUUUCCAUUGCUUAACUUAUUUAUUUAUAUUUAUAUAUAUUUACUUGUUUAUGUAAACCGAGAAAACAUAUCUUAUUGUUUUGGGAAUUGUUUAUUGAAAAAGUCAAGUUACCUGUAUUAUAACUUGAGGCAAACAACAUGUUCUGCCUAUAGAAAUGGACACUAGGAAACAAGUAAAAUAUGUCUAGAAAUGGGUCACAUAAUCAUUCUUCCAAAUUACAACUUAACAUGAGAAAUAUUACAAAUGUGACUAGAUUUAAGAGGAGGUUUGCAGCGCUUUAUCAGUGUGAAAUUGGUUCACACACUUUAUUCAGUGCAGCCCUUUAUUCAGUGUGGGUAGCUUUUGAUGGCACACUCUUUCUAGCUGUGUAUGAAUAUGAUUUGCACUAGCAUUGGGAUCGGAGGGUAUGAUUUUUGGCACAUUAUCUUCUAUCAGGUUGAACAUCCCAGUACUGACUGGUCACUGGUCCAGUUGUAUAAGAGAGCAGAAGUGAUCUAUUAUGUGCAGUCUGUGUCCGCUUGUCUGUGUAAUGCUGCAGUUUGCGACUGAUGUUUCUGUUUGGCGUCUUCACGCGUCGGUCAUCUUCCUUCCUCACCUCUGCAACGUCCCUCACUGUUAGUAACAGCACAAGAGACUGAAGAGGCACCAGAACACAGCCUGUUAUAGAAAGCUUAAUGAGGUUAAAAGUACAAAAGCGGAGGCCAUCGUGAGAAAUGUAGCUUAUUUAAAAACCACAUCGCUUAUCUUCUGUAUUCAAGUGACUGAAAAUGAGCUGGUCUGAUCAAAAACAAUGAAACCCCUGUAAAAGAAAGGUGAUUUGUGUGCUUAUUGGCCACUAUUGUUUAUUGUUCCAGAGAGGAAUGGAUGGGUGGAUAAUGAACCGUAAUAGAGAACAGUACAGAAAUGGAAACUGUAAUUUUAUACUUGUGCUUUGUAAAUGUUUUCUAUGUGCAGUAUUUGAUAAUGUAAAACUGGUAUUUUUGUGGUUUGUACGCUGGGGACUUGAUUAUUUAAGGUGCACGUUGUUUUUUAAAAAAAAAGAAAUCUCGGAAAGGAUAAAAAAAAAAAAGCCAUUUUGAAACUAAAGCCUGUAUCUGCAUGCCCACUGAGUGCUGGAGGAUGGAAAUCAAUAAAGUUUUAUUUGAACCAGC